AUGUGCUUGGCUGCCGAUUUUCUCUCGUGUGCAUUCGAUUAUACUAGUGCAAAGUUUAUCACAUACAGUGAAAUUCCAGAAAAUCAAUCGUACUUGAACUGGACAACGCUAAUGCGAUACCGAUCUGAUGUUGAAGACAACGAAAUUCCAGUAAUCGAGUCCACUGAACAGCAACUGACCACACUGGAUAACGAUGAUAUGAGAUUCGUCAAUAGAGAAAGUAUUGCUUUGAUAUGGUGUGAUGUCCAAGUAGACGAACGAAAUGAAGCGUUUGUUAAUGAUGUUCAGCAAACGAAAGCAAUUCUUCGUGAACUAAAUGAUUUCGUUCAUUUUUGCUCCAACGAAACUGACUGCGUCGCUCACGUCAAGACAUUUAAGACUGAAACAAUCAUUUUGAUCAUAUCCGGCUCAUAUGCAUCGGAAAAACUACUCGAUGACAUGCACACGCUUCGACAUGUAGAUACUAUUUUCAUCUUUUAUAUGGAAAAGAGCAAAUACGAAGCGUCGCCCGUAUUGCAGAACCCAAAGUAUACCAAGAUUGGAGGUAUCUUCGAUGAGCAAGAAAGUUUAAAACGAAACAUCAUCAAAGCAGUGCGAGCAAUUGAAAGGCAAUCAGCCAUUUUUGCACUCUACGAUUCAAAGAAACAGAAAACAGCGCGUAAUAUCGAUCGUGAGAAUGGUUCAUUUCUAUGGCUACAGCUGAUCAAGGAAGUGAUUCAACAAAUGUCUAUUACCAUUGAGACACCCGGAAGUGCUAACGUAAGAGAUUCUACUAGCAAGCAGGAAAUGCUCAACAUAUGUCGUGCUUAUUAUCGAGGUAAUAAGCGAGAGAUGAAAAAUAUCGAUGAAUUUGAGCAAACAUACACGGCUAACCAGGCGAUUCACUGGUAUACGAGAAACAGUUUCAUUUUCAAAUUAAUCAACAAAGCACUCCGCACGGAAGAUGUGGAAGCGCUUUACAAUUACCGUUUCUACGUGGUCGAUCUAUGUGCUUGUUUGGCAGAAAACUGUGACUUGUUACGCGAGUAUGCUUGUUCAUCACCAAGUGAUAAGCUGAAACUAUAUUCGGGCCGCAAGCUGUCUCGAGAGGAGAUUCAACGCUUGAAGGAUAGCGAAGGACAACUGAUCUCCAUGAACGCGUUUUUUUCUACAAGCCGUAAUAAGAACGUAGCUGAAGUGUUUGCUGGCAUCGGCAACGUUAGCGUUGCAUUGCAAGAGCUAGAAUCAGUCAUUUUCGAAAUCGAGGUCGACUUAGUCAGUGACCAACAUGUUGUACUAGCAGACAUAUCUUUCUACAGCGCAUUCAAAGACGAAGAAGAAAUUUUAUUCGAUCUGGCAACGGUAUUCGAGAUUGAGGCAAUGACUUGCAUAGAUACUGAUGUUCCCUCUGACAGAGUAUGGACGUGUCGUAUGAAAACGUCCAGCAGGAGCAGCGUAGUUGCUCAAGAUUAUAUUCAGUUUCAACGGGAACAGAUAAAAAAACACAACGAUAUUGUUAUAGUUUUCGGAUCUCUCCUGUACGAUAUGGGUGCAUGGAGCAAAGCCAAAGCAUAUUGUCAAAGAUUGCUAAGUCAGAUGCCGUGUAACGCCCAUGUUCUCUUCGAGCUCGGCCGGGCUCACUAUGGAUUAUGCGAAUUUGAACAAGCACUUGAAUGCUUUGCACAAGCCUUCACUCUUUCAAUGGCCGAUAAACCGCCCAGCUUGGCCCAUGCUGCAACGAUACAAUGCUAUAUAGGGCAUGUCCGACGUCUUCAAUCUACCUACCAUUCAGCGUUGAUUAGCUAUGAAGAUUCUUUGGAGAAAUACAAGCAAGCAGGUAUGGAUAAUCAAGUACCUAUUGCUAAUGUAUUAAGCGGCAUUGGAUGUGUGCACGAUAACCUUGGUGACAGUGCUCUUGCACUGCAAUACUUUCGUGAGGCGUUUGAGAUUACCAUACAAUUAACACCUGCCGACCAUCAAGAUGUCAUUGUAUGUUACGCACGAAUCUCGCUUGCUCUAUCACAUAUGGGUGAAUAUGAUGAAGCCCUGCGCUCAGCAGAAAUAGCAUUAGACAUCGGUAAACGCAUACUACCAAAGAAGAGCGCUACGUUCAGUACUAUACUCAACAACAUUGGCAAGCUUUUAUAUAAAAAAGGCGACUACAAACAAGCUCUAGCACGACAUCUCGAAGAUCUUGACAUAGAUCGCGACGUAUUGACACACGGAAACAUGUACGAUUUAGCCAUUCGCUAUAACAACAUUGGCAAAAUCUUCUAUCGAACAGGGAAAUAUAGCGAGGCUUACGAACAGUAUGAAAAAGCAUUAAUCAUCCACCAGAAAACACUUCCAAAUGAUCACGUCUAUAUCGCAUAUACGCUGAAAAACAUGGGCGAAUUAUUCUUGGCUCAAGAUAAACUUGACCAAUCAACCGAUUAUCUUCAUCAUGCAUUGGAAAUGUACGAACGUAUCUUUUCUGAUAAUCUUCUGCAUCCAGAAAAAGCCAAGUGCAUAUAUCUGAUUGGUCAACUGUACGAGGCACGUCUUGAUCACCAAACGGCCAUUUCCUUCUAUCGUCAAGCUCAUAGCAUAUGGAAAUCAGUAUUGGUGGCUCAACAUCCUGACUUGACUUUAAGUCCCAGAAAAAUGUCUCAACUUUUCUGGAAACUACUUCGUCGAUCGAUAAGACAGAAAUGA